GGCUCGUCCUGAACUCCAUUCUUCGUCGCUCCUCCUUCUCGGCUUAUUACCUUUGCUGAUCCCUUUCGUCUCACGCCACCUUCUCCGCAGUCAGUCGUCCACCACCACCGCCCCGCGUAAAGCUUUGCUAGCUAGCUAGUUUAGCUCGUCUUUAACCUUGCGGUGCGAUUCAAGUCGCCACACCGACUUGUAUAUUUCCACUGGCCGCCCUUUGCCUCAGCCUGUCUCCAGUUCACCACCGCCUUGACCCGCCGCCCGCGUCGCCAUUCCUUCCCCUCCUCCUCCUCCUCCGCACAGCUUCCGUGCUUCUCUCCAGCUUGCCAGAGGGGCGGGCAGCUGCCGGCCGGGAAGAACAAGAAGCGGCCGGCGAGACAAGGCCGCCUCAAUUCGUGCCGGCGAGCGAGGGGGAAGGCAACUAUAAGCCGGAGCAGAGCACGGCGCGCAGCGUCCACGAGAGAGACCGAUGGGGGUGACAGGUAGGCCGUCCGCGGCGGCAGUCCUGCUCGCCGGAGCGGUCGCCUGCUGCGCGGCCCUCGCCGUGGCCGCUCAGACGCAGCAGCAGCAGCAGCGGAAGCAUGUCAGGAUCUCAGGAAAUGCUGGCGACGUGCUCGAAGACAACCCAGUAGGGAAACUCAAGGUGUUCGUCUACGAGAUGCCGAGGAAGUACAACCAGUACCUGCUGGAGAAGGACAACAGGUGCCUGUACCACAUGUUUGCGGCCGAGAUCUUCAUGCACCAGUUCCUGCUGGCGAGCGCGGUGCGGACGAUGGACCCCGAGGAGGCCGACUGGUUCUACACGCCGGUGUACACGACGUGCGACCUCACGCAGCAGGGCUUCCCUCUGCCGUUCAGGGCUCCCCGGAUGAUGAGGAGUGCCGUGCAGUACAUCGCGGCGACGUGGCCUUACUGGAACAGGACUGAAGGGGCAGACCACUUCUUCCUUGCUCCCCAUGACUUUGGGGCAUGCUUCCACUACCAGGAGGAGAGGGCAAUUGAGAGGGGGAUCCUGCCGGUGCUUCGGCGUGCGACGCUGGUUCAGACAUUCGGGCAGAGGAACCAUGUGUGCAUGCAGGAAGGGUCCAUAACCAUCCCUCCCUACGCCAACCCGCAGAAGAUGCAGGCUCACCUCAUCUCCCCUGGCACGCCUCGCUCCAUCUUUGCCUACUUCCGCGGCCUCUUCUACGACAUGGGCAACGACCCCGAAGGCGGCUACUACGCCAGGGGCGCGCGGGCGUCGGUGUGGGAGAACUUCAAGGACAACCCUUUGUUCGACAUGUCGACGGAGCACCCGUCGACGUACUACGAGGACAUGCAGCGCGCCAUCUUCUGCCUGUGCCCGCUGGGGUGGGCGCCCUGGAGCCCCCGGCUCGUGGAGGCCGUGGUGUUCGGGUGCAUCCCGGUGAUCAUCGCCGACGACAUCGUUCUCCCCUUCGCGGACGCCAUCCCCUGGGACCAGAUCAGCGUCUUCGUGCCCGAGGCCGACGUGCCGCGGCUCGACUCCAUCCUGGCAUCCGUGCCGCCCGAGGACGUGCUCCGGAAGCAGCGCCUGCUGGCCAGCCCGGCCAUGAAGCAGGCCGUGCUGUUCCACCAGCCGGCGCAGCCACGGGACGCCUUUGAUCAGGUGCUCAACGGGCUCGCCCGCAAGCUGCCGCACCGGGAAGGGGUGUUCCUGAGGCCGGGACAGAAGGUGAUCGACUGGAACGCCGGCCAGUACGAUGAUCUCAAGCCUUGGUAGUAGGAUUUGUGUGUACAUUUUUUGUUUUUUUUUGGGCAGACCUCACGCACGCACGCACUGUUUUUCUUCUUCUUUUCUGUUCAUGUCACUUGUGGCCUUGCCUGUAUGCAGCAGCGACCGACCGAUAGAGAGAUGUGUGAUUUGUUUGUACAAGCCUCGUCGUGCUGGAUGGAUCCCCCAUUUUUUUUUAA